AUGGGGCUUGGAGGCAAGGACAGCAGCCACCUGGUGUCCUUCCUCAUCGGCGCUGCUCUGCCCACAGCCUUUCUCCUCUUCCUGGCGUCCGACCGACUCGGCGACGGCUUGUCAAGCAUCUCCAUGAGCUGGGGAAGCAGUGGAACCCGGCAGUCGGCUGGCCCGCGGGUUCAGGAGAGCGACAACACUACUACUCAUGAUCAAGAGGUGGGAUUCGCAGGCCUAGCUGAGCUUCUGCCGAGAGUGGCCAUGGAGGACAGGACGGUGAUACUCACGUUGGUGAACGAGGCAUGGGCGCAGCCCGGCUCACUGCUGGACAUCUACCGUGAGAGCUUCAAGAACGGCGAGGACAUAGAGCACUUCCUCAACCACGUCCUAGUCAUCGCCAUCGACUCCGGUGGGUUCGGCCGCUGCAAGGCCGUUCACCCUCACUGCUACCUCCUUGAGGUGAAUAAGUCAACGGCGAACCUGAGCUCGGCCAACAGGUUCAUGACAAAGGAAUUCCUGGAGCUGGACGCCGACAUGAUAUGGCUUCGCAACCCGUUCCACCACAUCUCCGUCUACGCCGACAUGAGCUUGUCGACGGACUACUUCAGGGACGCGUUUGCUCCCCUGAACAACACGCUCAACACGGGGCUCUACUACAUGAGGUCGACGAACCGGAGCAUCGAGAUGCUCAGGUACUGGCGGGCGGCGAGAGCGAGGUUCCCCGGCGGUAGCGAGCAGGGGGUGUUCAACGAGAUCAAGCACGAGCUCAUCACCAAGCUGCAGGCGAGGAUCGAGGCCGUCGAGACGGUGUACUUCAGCGGGUUCUGCGAGUACCACGCCAACCUGAACAGAGCCUGUACCAUGCACGCCAACUGCUGCAUCGGGCUGGCAAACAAGGUGCUCGACCUCAAGGAUGCUGCCGUGGAUUGGAGGAACUACACGAGGCUGACGCAGGAGGAGAGGAAGAAGGGGGGUUUCAAGUGGACACCCCCGGCUAGGUGCUGGAAGACAAUAGGCCCUGAAGACACAGCACACAUCAUUUUCGGCUGCACCAAUGCACAACAGUUUUGGAAUGCAGUCGGCAUUACAACUAACGAAGAUUGGCCUAUCGCAAGGUUAAAAGAGAUCCAAUGCCCAGACCACAUCCCACAGAAACACUUUGGCUCCUUCGUGCUGCUCUGCUCAUGGCAUAUUUGGAAAUGGCGCAACACCAUUGCUAUCAGAAAGGAACAAAUGACUCUCACGGGUGCCCUUUCAGCAUGCAAAUUGGAAGCAUAUAUUUGGGGAGCGAGGCUAAAACCUGACGAUAGACACAUCGCAACAACAUGGUGCUCAAUCCUUUCAAGUGCAAUGUAA